UCAUAUUUCUCUUCAAACAUCAAUGGGAUUUAGCGAAAUCUGCAACACAGGCUUGGUUUUAGGUUUGGGAUUAUCAUCAACAAAUGAACCCAAGUCUGAAAAACCAAUCCUGAAAUUAUCGGAGCCAUCACUUGCUCUCAGCCUGUCUGGUGAUCUGCGCUAUGAUCGGACGGUGAAAAAAGUAGUGAAUAUUUCUGAUCAGACGGAUAAGUUGUAUCGUCAAGACAGUACAGUUACUUCUCUCUCUAAUCUUAGUGUGAAGAGAGACAGAGAAUUGGGGAAUGAAGAGGGAGAUAUAGAGAGAGUUUGUUCAAGAUUCAUUGAUGAAGAUGAUGAGGGCUCUAAUGGAAGGAAGAAACUUAGACUCACUAAAGUUCAAUCUGCUCUUUUAGAAGAAAGCUUCAAGCAACACAGCACUCUUAAUCCUAAACAAAAGCAAGAAUUGGCGGGGGAGUUGCAUCUGAGGCCUCGACAAGUGGAAGUGUGGUUCCAAAACCGAAGAGCAAGAACAAAGCUGAAGCAAACAGAAGUGGACUGUGAGUACUUGAAGAAAUGCUACGGAUCACUAACAGAAGAAAACAGAAGAUUGCAGAAGGAAUUACAAGAAUUGAAAGCACAAAAACUAGCACAACCCUUUUACAUGGCGGCCACCCUCUCCAUGUGCCCCUCUUGUGAAAGGAUCGGCGGCGACGGAGGCAAAGUUCCGGCCAAGAGCCCCUUUUUGAUAACUCCUAAGCCGCACUUCUAUAGCCCCUUUGCCAACCCACCAGCAACCUGUUAAUUAAUUAGUUAGUAUCAGGAUAAAUAUAAAAUUAUAGAAAAAUCCACCGACCCCUCCUUUUUGUUGGUUAUGGGCUAGUUAAGGAAAAAUUAGCUGGUAUUAUUGCAGCUAAUUUCUAGAAAAAUUAGAGAAUUUUGGCUAAUUUUAAUCUUUUUAUAUGUUUUUAGCAAAGAUUUGUAAAUAUUAUCUAAAUAUAUAUGAAUUAAGUGAUUAUUAUUUA